CAUGCAUGCGGAAACACACACAGACACGCACACAUGUUUCCCGGGCAGGGCUAGUUGAACACACACUCUGCUCACACUGACAUUUGUGUCGCACAACAUCCGUCACACACAGAACACCAAAAGAAGCAGGCAAAUGUACAGAUUGGUGAGGUGGAGCGCAUGUGAGAGAGGAAGAUGGUGCACGAGAGAGAGUGCACGAGAACGGUUUUCUAACCUCCGCUGUCACCGCACGGCGUCGGCAGAUCCAGGCAUCUCCAAGAUGGCCGCCCUGACGCUGGCCUUCAGCCUGCUGCUAUUGGUGCACGUGUCGUCGGGGGAGGAGCUUCCGUCUUCAGCACACGUCUGCACGGGGGGCAGCUGUUACCCGGCAACCGGGAACCUUCUGAUUGGACGGGCCGUCAACCUGACAGCCACCUCCACCUGCGGUUUGGACGGAACCGAGAACUACUGCAUCGUCAGCCACCUGCAGGAGUCAGACAAGUGCUUCCAGUGUACCUCCCAGCGUGGCCCCGAUGGCGCCCAGUCGCGGACCAGCCACGGCGUGGAGAACGUGAUCUACCUGAAGGACCGCCACGGGGAGCUCACCUGGUGGCAGUCGGUCAACGGGCUGGAGAGCGUCAGCCUCCGGCUGAACCUGGAGGCCGAGUUCCACUUCACUCACCUCAUCAUGAAGUUCAAGACCUUCCGGCCGGCGGCCAUGCUGAUCGAGCGCUCUUCGGACUUCGGGCGGUCGUGGCGACCCUACCGGUACUUCGCCUACAACUGCACCAAGACCUUCCCCGCGGUGCCGGCCAAUGGGCUGCUCCGGAUCAACGACGUCGUCUGUGAGGACCGCUACUCCGACAUCGAGCCGUCAACGGAGGGAGAGGUGAUCUACAAAGUGUUGGAUCCCGCGAUCCACGUCAAGGACCCCUACAGCCUGGAGAUCCAAGAGCUCCUGCGCAUCACCAACCUGCGGAUCAACCUGACCAAGCUGCACACGCUGGGGGACAACCUGCUGGACCGCCGGCCCGACGUGCUGCAGAAGUACUACUACGCCCUGUACGAGCUGGUGGUCCGAGGCAGCUGCUUCUGCUACGGACACGCCUCCGAGUGCGCCCCCGUGCCCGGCGUGGACACCAGGGAGCACGGCAUGAUCCACGGCCGCUGCGUGUGCAAACACAACACAGAGGGUCUGAACUGCGAACGGUGCCGACACUUCCACAAUGACCUCCCCUGGAGCCCGGCGGAAUCGCAGAACCCACACACCUGCAGAGAGUGUGAGUGCAACGGUCACUCCAGCCAGUGCCACUUCGACAUGGCCGUGUUCCUGGCCACGGGGAACGUGAGCGGGGGGGUGUGUGACGGCUGCCUCCACAACACCAUGGGCCGCAGCUGUGACCUGUGUGAGCCCUUCUACUACAGAGACCCCCGCAGGGACGUCAGGGACCCCCAGGUCUGCACCGUGUGUGACUGCGACCCGGUGGGCUCCCUGGAGGGGGGCGUGUGCGACGGACACAGCGACCUGGACGCCGGGAUGAUCGCGGGGCAGUGCCGCUGCAAGGCCAACGUGAAGGGGACGCGCUGCGACGACUGCAAGGAGGGCUACUACGGCCUGAGCCAGGAGGACCCCCUGGGCUGCCAGCCGUGUAACUGCGACCCGCGGGGGAUCAUCAGGGUGGGCGCGCCGUGCGACCAGAUCAGCGGAGACUGCUCCUGUAAACGAUACGUCACGGGACGCCACUGUGACCAGUGUCUGGCAGAGUACUGGGGUCUGAGUAAUGACCUGGCCGGCUGUAGGUCAUGUGACUGUGACUUUGGAGGAGCCUUCACCAACAGGUGCAUGGUGGAGAACGGCCAGUGUGACUGCAGGAGGCACCUGAUUGGCCGGCAGUGCUCCGAGGUGCAGCCGGGGUACUUCUGCGCUCCGCUCGACUUCUCCAAAUACGAGGCUGAGGGCUCGGACGUCACAGGCCACGCCCCUGAUGACUCAACGCUGCCGGGUAAGGCGAGGCCCCAGGCGGAGGUGGACUGCGUGGAGCAUCUCAACAACCAGCUGCAGCGCCACCGCCGCCACCGCCGCAUGGCCACCGCCAAGCAGCAGAGGGCAGCGCUGAGGCGCAUCCGCCAGCUGCAGCAGACGCCUGACGUGCUGGAGGUGCAUCGGGUGCGCAGCCCGGGGUCACAUGAUCACCUGGACGGGCCCUGGCUUCAGGCGGGUCAAAGAUGGCGCCGUCUGGUGUUCACCGUGGACGACGUGCCGCACGCCAUGGAGUACGACAUCAUGAUUCCGCUACGAACCCGAGGUCAGCGCCGGCCUGACGCGUACGUCCAGAUGCCACGGGCGUUCUGCUUUGAACCGGCCAAUCGCUACACGAUCGCGAUGCGAUUCCAGCGCCACGGAGUCUCCCACCGCCACCUCACCGCCUUCAUCCUCGUAGACUCGUUGGUCCUCAUCCCCAAGUACAUGGAGCUCCCCGGUUUCCAAGGCAACGGGAUGGAGGCGAAGCAGCGGCGGCAGCAGAUGAUCGACUACAUGUGUGUGGACUCCUUCAUGAUCACGCCCACCCCAGCCCUCGCCGAGAUGUGCUCCAAACUCAUCUGCAGCAUCUCCGCAAUCAUCCACGGCGGAGCGCUAGCCUGUCAGUGUGACCCCCAGGGUUCGGUCAGCGCAGACUGUGAGAAGGUCGGAGGUCAGUGCCUCUGCAAACCCAACGUGAUUGGCCGACGCUGCGACCAAUGCGCUCCGGGGACCUACGGCUUCGGACAGCAGGGGUGCUCCGCCUGCGACUGCCACUCCCAGGGCGCGGACAGCUCCCGCUGCGACCCGGCCACGGGCCAGUGCGUGUGCCGGCCGGGGGCGACCGGGCGACAGUGCUCGGACUGCCAGGCGGGCCACUGGGGCUUCCCCGCCUGCAGCCCCUGCCAGUGCAACGGGCACGCCGACGCCUGCCACGCCCACACCGGGGAGUGCCUGCGCUGCCAGGACCACACUGACGGGCACUUCUGCGAACGGUACGGUGUGAGGGGGGGGUACUUCGGGACCCCGGUCCUGGGUUCAGGGGAGCGUUGUCGGCCCUGCCCGUGUCCCGGCGCCCCCGGCAGCGGGCACUUCCACGCCCACAGCUGCCUCGCCGACCACGCCUCCAACCACAUCCUCUGCAGCUGCCUGCCCGGAUACACCGGUACGAGCUGCGACGUCUGCGCUCCCGGUUACUACGGCGACCCGGAGCGCCCGGGGGGGGCGUGCCGCCCGUGCGAGUGCAGCGGGAACAUCGACCCGCUGGACCCCGGGUCAUGUGACCCGCGCACCGGCCAAUGCCUGAGGUGCCUGGGCAACACAGACGGGCCUGCCUGCAGCCGCUGCCAGCAGGGUUACUACGGCAACGCCCUGAGCCAGGACUGCCGACGCUGUACGUGUGUGACGGCCGGCACCCUGGAGAGCCACUGCGACGGCGGGGUGUGCCGGUGCGACGGCGUGACGGGCGCGUGCCCCUGCAGGGAGCACGUGGUGGGCCACAGCUGUGACCAGUGCGCCCCCAACCACUGGAACUAUGGCCGGGGGGCCGGCUGCGAGGCCUGCGGCUGCCAGCCCACGCACGCCCUGGGCCCGCACUGCAACAUGUUUACAGGCCAGUGUCAGUGCCGUCAGGGCUUCGGGGGCCGGCAGUGUACGGAGUGUGAGGAGCUCUACUGGGGAGACCCCCAGAAACAUUGCAAAGAAUGCAACUGCGACCCGCAGGGCUCGGACACGCCGCAGUGCGACUGGCAGACCGGGGCGUGUGCGUGCCGAGAGGGCGUGUCCGGCCAGCACUGCAACAGCUGUUCCCGCGGCUACACGGGCGUGUUCCCACGCUGCGAGCCGUGCCACGCCUGCUUCGUCCAGUGGGACGGCGAGCUCCAGAAGAUCAAGAAGCACCUGGAGGAGAUCCGGCACCGCGUGGCCGAGAUCCUGAAGAACGGCGGGCCCCCAGGGGGCAGCGACGAGCGCGUCCGCCAACUGGAGGCGAAGCUGAAGCAGGUGCAGGAUCUGAUUGGUCGAGGAGGAGCGGACAGCGACCGGGUCCAAGAGCUGAUUGGGCAGAGAAUCGAUGACCUCAGGGCGGAGGUGGCGCUGACCGACGGGCGUCUGAUGGGCGUGGUCCGGGACCUGAACUCCACGGCGGUGUUGGAUGCGGGGCUGCGGCUGACCCUUGAGGGCCUGGAGCGGGACCUCAGCGAGGUCAACGCCACGCUGAACGCCAAGCGCCAGGACGUUGUCGACAUCCUGCCCGGAGGCUUCACAGAUCAGUUUGAGAAGGUGAAGCAGGCCUCCCGGGAGUCCACGGAGGCGGAGCAGCGGUGCGACGCCUCCGUGUCCGGCCCCUCCAGCCCGGUCGCUCAGUCCAGGGACACCCGGGAGCGGACCCAAGACCUGCUGGACGCCCGGAAGGACAGCUUCCUCCGGUCCAUGGCCGCCCAGAACAAGAGCCUGGAGCAGCUUCAGCCCAAAGCCCACGACCUGGACAAGAAGAUCCACCACCUCAGCCACAAGGUGUGCGGGGGUCAUCGCCUCGGCGACGCCGACGGCCACUGCCCGGACAGCCCCUGCGGCGGGGCGGGUUGCCGUGACGCCGACGGCGAGCGCGUGUGCGGGGGGGCGGGAUGCAACGGGACGGCGAGCAGCUCCGUGGCGGCUCUGCGGCUGGCCAAAGAAGCGGCGGCGAGCAUCGACAAGGCCAGCGACGACCUGCAGGCCGUCGCACGCAAGCUCCAGGACAUCGCCUCCCUGACCCAGGACGUGAAGAACCAGGCUAAAACCACGCUGGACAAGGCCCAGAAGAAGAAGGCCCAGUUCGACCGGUCCAACAAGGAGCUGAAGGACUUCAUCAAGAAGAUCAAGGACUUCCUCACUGAGGAGGGUGCUGACCCGGAGAGCAUCGAGAAGGUGGCGCUUCAGGUCCUGUCCAUCACGCUGCCCCUGAACCAGACGGGUCUGGACCGGAUCCUUGGGGAGAUAAAGGAGAGCCUGACCCACCUGUCUGCCAUCCAGGGGGUCUUCAACCACAGCCGGGAGGACAUCGCCCUGGCCAAGGACCUGCUGGAGCGCAGCAAGACCGCCAAGGAGCGGGCGGUUGGGGUGAAGGAUAAGGUCGACCUCACCAAGAAGGCGCUGGACGUUUCCCAGAAGGCCAUAGGGCAGGCGGAGGGCGCCCUGCGAGAAGCACUGGAAAACCUGAACAAAACCCGCAACGCCACGGCAACGGUACGAGAG